UCCAACGACAGCACCGCCAUAUCGUUUAUCCCUAAAGACAACUAUAGAUCUUCCAAAAGCCACCCUCCGCACUGUGACAACUGUACAGAGUAUACAUAGUUUGAAAGCAGUAGGCACCGGUGUUAGCGGUACGAGAGAGACUUGCUACUUCUUCCCCAUCGAUGCGGAAGCCGUCCUUCUCAUCGUUAAUCUGUCCUCAGAUUCAGCUGUCACUGAGUGUAACGAUCAAUAUUCGCGCCGGGGAUCGCAGCACAGCCGCUGCCGCGUAUCCAGUACAGGCUCGUUCCAACGCCUUCUUGACGUCGCUGUUGGGCAAGGGUAAUCGACGACACCGAACGAUCGUGGAGUAGAAGUAGGAGAGAAGAGGACGCGAGCGUUGCCGCGCUAUUUAAAAGCAGGCUCAAUCGCAGACGUUUCUGUAUUCGCCUGAGUUAGCCUUGGGUCAACAGUGCUUGAACGGGCUGAUUCGGCAGAACGUUCUCGUUCACAAGUUAAUUCUCUGACUCACUGUAGCGUUGCUUACAAGCCAACUACAAGUGUAGCUUUGUACCCCAACGCCGUUGUUUAAGUUGCUUUGAGCAUCUCGUGGAGAAAUUCAAAGAUGUCGACCGUGUCUAGGCCUCGCCAGAACUUCCAUGCUGAUUGUGAAGAUGCGAUCAACAAACAGAUCAACAUGGAACUCUUUGCAUCCUAUACCUAUCUGUCUAUGGCGUUCUUCUUCGAUCGUGAUGAUAUUGCGUUCAAGAACGUGAAGAAGUAUUUCGCCAAAGCGUCCGAUGAGGAGCGCAAGCACGCCAUGAAACUCAUGGAGUACCAGAACAUGCGAGGUGGCCGCAUUGUUCUACAACCCAUCGAUAAGCCUGAACGCGAUGAAUGGGGUUCGAUUCAGGAGGCGUUCGACGCUGCGCUGGCUCUUGAGAAAAAAGUGAACCAAAGCCUGCUCGACAUCCAUAGGAUUUCUAGUGACCACAACGACGCUCAGUUUUGUGAUUUCCUGGAAACUCACUACCUGGAGGAGCAGGUUAAGGCGAUCAAAGAGCUUUCCGACUACCUGACCAACAUCAUCCGCGUUGGUAACGGUUUGGGCGAGUUCAUCUUCAACAAGGAACUCGGCGAUGAUUAAACAGAUUUGCAACCGACUGUGAUACACAACACGCAACCAAUACGCUUAACGAAUCAGAAACCUCGCCGCCAGCCUAGGCAGACAUUUCGACGUCAGCCCGUAGUGAAUGAACCAGUCAACCGAUGGCUUUCUCAUCCAAAUAGUGAUUGGCCGAAGCAAAAAAGUAAAAUUUGCUUUGGGCUCCAAGCGUUCUUACAUCCACCUUUCUACUACCAGGGUGCAUAGUUGUACUUGUACAAGGGCUUGAAGUUAUACAGACAGUUAUAUCGUGCUGCUGGUUUAUUUGGUUUAAUUUUUUGUGUCAGACAAUAGGACAGUGAUCGAAGAAUGAAGAGCUUCCAUUUAGUAAGAACGCCAGGAGAUGAAGCAGACUAUGAUCUGGAUUGCGUGUGGUAUCAAGCACAGUGAUUUGCUAGUGUCUUAUGAUUAAGCGAAUGCUUACGAACGAUUAGAACAAACAGCCUAAUCAAAUGAUGUUUUGAAUCGGAUGCGAGAAGAUUGAAGAUAAUUAUCACUAAUUGAGAAAAGAAAUGACGGCAAUUUAUUGGUGAAACACGAUAACGUGUGCCUUUGACAAAUGAUCUGUUUGAGGCAGGCAAAGUUUAGGCGGCGUGCGCCGCCGUUAGCGUACAGUGAAUCUUGCAAUGCCUUGCACUUAAAUUCAAUGCGGAACUGCAAAAUAUUAGAAUAAAAUUUCAGGGACUGAUAUCGGCUAUGGACAUUUUCGAACAAAUAGGUAAUUAUCCUCAACUUGUAUGUUACGAACGUUUGGUGCCCCGAAGUCUUUCAAAGGAACCCUGUUCUUCGGCAUCAAGGCGGCGCAAGAUACCUUAAAUUACUAUUUCUAUAUAUCCUACAGUUUUCACUAGUAUUACAAUACUAAUUAUUUAAAAUGCAACUCUAGCCUACUGAGCUGUCUUUGCUUAGAUAACCUCUCGUUAGUUCUCUGGCACACGGUAUAUGUCCUGACGGCGCUCCCCUCGCACUGCUCCAAGUGUGCUACAAUUAAAACCGGUUUGAAAGACAUUCAAUAAAAACGGAUUUCAAAGCUAA